UCUGUGCUUGGCGCUUGCCGUAGUGUACACUAAACGUCACAUCGAAGCUAAUUUGAAUUUUGUUAUCUUAAUAAUUUCCAUUCAAUAGGUAACAGAAACAUAAUAUCUAAAAACAUUAUAAUAACAAAUUGUUUUGUACUUCAAAAAUGCUUCGAGGCUAACUGUAUAUUUUAAUCGAAAAUUUGUCAAGAAUUAUCUAAGUGGGUAACUAUGUCGCGCCAAGUCGACUUGAAUAUUAAUAAACUCUUAGAAGGUUUAGGCCUUGAGGGCGAAGAGAACGACUUUUGCGACUUUACUAUCGCUGAUCAAAAUUCUGUUGCUGAAUCUCAAGGUAUAACUCCGACGACUCCAUCGAAUUUUAAACCUAUUCUCGGGAGCAAUGUUACUUACGUUGUCGCCUGCGUCAUAUUAAAUGAGAAAAACGAGAUUUUGAUGAUGCAAGAGGCCAAAGAAAGCUGCGCAGGUAAGUGGUAUCUACCUGCAGGACGUAUGGAAAAAGAUGAAACAAUAAUACAAGCUGCAGCUAGAGAAGUUUUGGAAGAGACUGGGCUCCAUUGCAAACCAGAAACUCUGCUUGUAGUUGAAACUGCUGGUGGUACUUGGUAUAGAUUUGUUUUGACAGGAAAAGUGGUUGGAGGGGAACUAAAAACUCCUGCCAGAGCAGAUAAGGAAUCAUUACAGGCUAAAUGGAUUGCAAAUCUAGAUGAGAUAACAUUGCGAGCAAAUGAUGUAUUGCAUUUAAUUGAAAGAGCUAAAAUGUAUAAAGAUAGUUUGCCUGGUGAGUCCUGGCAUAAAAACAUUUUACCUGCCCCAAUACCACACACAAAAGAUUUGUUGAGACUUAUUGUCCUAAUAAAAAAACGAAGUACAAAUAGAAUGCAUGUUUUACUGAGUGAGAAAAGUGCCUUACACUUCCCUACAUGCGAAGUAAAUCCAGCUAAAAGUGUUCAUUCUACAUUACGUAGGUUUAUGGUUGAAAUGUUUGGUGCAGAUGUGGCGCAACAUAGACCUCUAGGUCUUUUUAAUGUAGAGGCUGACCCUUCAGCACAUGGUUGUUGCUUAACCUUGUUAGUUGUAUUCCGACCACCACUUGAGGAAGUACCUUUAAUUGGAAAAUGUGCAUGGCAUGAAUUGAGUCAAGAAAUGGAGAAAAAUCUUUCACCAUUGGUUUCAAAAAAAAAUUCUACAAUAGAAUUACAUGUUGUACGCUAAUGCUGCAUAAUUCACUGUUAAAAAUAACAGGUGCUACAAGAAUACUCAAUUGUCAUAAUUAUUUUAUGGUAGCUUUAAAUUUUCGUAGACAUUUUAAUUAGUAAUGUCAACUAAGAAUUCCAAUAACAUUCCAUUGAGUUUAAAUAAAGCAUUUAUUUUGCAAGCAUGCAUGCAAGUUUGGUAAAUUUACCAGCUUGGCUUUGAUCUGAUUAUAAAUAUUUUGUCUUUAUCAUUAUUUUGUCAAAUCAUUAAAAACUCAAUUAUAAUAUAUUAACGUACAAAAUAUAUAACAUUUAUUUUUAACAAAAUUAAAAAAUUUUUGGUGAAAGUAAACUAACAUUAAUUACUGUGCUUGCCAUCAUUAUAUAAGACAAACAUUAAAUGUCAAAGCAUGUAAGCAAAAAGCUUCAAAUAUACAGUGUAUGUACAUUAUCGCAAUAUGUGGUAAAACAUAAUGUCUUUUAAUAAUAAUAUAUUUCUAUAUACUGUAUUUUAAGUGGAGGCCGCAAACUCUUUAUACAAGUUUAGUAUUUGUAAUUAGAUUUUUUUAAACAUAAUUAUUGUUAAUAUGAUAUAUUUAUUACAAAUUACUGUUUUUUGUACUGGAAUAGUAUUAUUUUUAUGGUGCUAAAACCUGUUUAUUGAGGUUGUUUUACAUUAUUAUGUUAUUUUUGAAAUAAAGGAAUAAUUUUAUAAA